CUGUAUGGGUGGAAGGAGCUCUCUGCGCAGAUGUGCCCAGAAGCUUAGGUCGCCUUGGCUCUGGUGUGCGGUCUUCACCCUUCCAACUGCCUUGUGGCUGGCUGUCUUGCGACCAAGCCAAAUCAAUUCCACCUUCGUUGGAUUUUUUGAUGAGCGACGCGCAGUCAAAAUUCUCCAUGGACGCGCACGCCCGGGACGCUUUUGUCAUUUGAAAGCUUUAAGCAGCAACAAAUACCUUUUUAAUGGCAACGCGCGCUUUACCGAUUCGGUCCUUUGAAUAGCCUCGGGACAAGAGUGCCGCAAAAAGAAAGCCUGGCGAACCGAGGAUCCGUUUCGCUCAUAGAGAGAGAGAGUCUGUUGUCGGGCGAUGAGACAUAUGACUUUCCCUAGCAGCAUUACGUCAAACUUGCGCCGGGCUGCGAGCACUCGGCACGCGGAUUCCUGCGCAGCACAGCCGUUGCUGUGGGAGCCGUGCUGCAGUUUAACCGCGAGCGCCGAGCGCCGAGCGCCGGACGCGUGCCGAGGCUCAAACGGCCACGCGCUGCUGGCGGCAAGCGGCAGCUUUCUCCAGCGCAGCCGCUUCAUUGGCUCUCUAGCAGCCUCGUCACCGAAGGGUUACCACAUUUAACACCUCCACGCAAGACGGCUGCAGCCGAGCUACGGUCUGUGUGAAAGAAGGAAGGGACGAGCAGAAGAGGGAGGGAAGGAGAGAGACUGAUUAGCCCAGACGUAGCUUAGAAGAAUGCGUGCGCCGCAGUUAGGCUUGGCCAGUGUAAGAGUGGCGACGUUGAAUUCCUAGAGGAUUAAAUACUCACUUGGGUGUGAUGCGCGAUUCAUUUUCCCUGCCGCUCUUUGGUCCCGCGAGUCGUUAAAUACUGUCGGCACGGCAACCCUCUUUACUCCUGGUGCUUUGUACAAAUCUGAGCCGUGUCUUCGUUCGGAAGACGUCCACUUCCUGUAUGGCUUGCUACUACCUUGUGAUCAGCUCUCCGCAUCUCAGCAAUGGACAUGUUCGGAACAUCAAAGGGGUUUUUCGUGGACCCCUCUGCAAAAAUGGCAGCUCAUCCUUGGACUACGCCGAGAAGGAGAAGGCGAUCGCAAAGGCGCUCGAGGACCUGAAGGCCAACUUCUACUGCGAGCUGUGCGAGAAGCAGUACUACAAGCACAAGGAGUUCGACAACCACAUCAACUCCUACGACCACGCGCACAAGCAGAGGCUGAAGGAGUUGAAGCAGCGGGAAUUUGCACGCAACGUCUCCUCGAGGUCGCACAAAGAUGACCGCAAGCAGGAGAAGGCCCUGCGCAGGCUGCAUGAGCUGGCUGAUCUACGCAAGCAGACGGAACGAUCUCCGGGCAGCACGUUCAAGACGCUGUCGGAGGGCGAGUCGGAGGACAUGUUCUUUGGCGCCGACGAGCUGGCCGAAAAAAUGGGCCUGUACGCCGAGUGCGCGACGGACACGUCGCCGUGGGAGAAGGGCAGCGAGUCCCCGCACAGCAGCACCAACAGCCAGGGCGCCACCGCCAUCCUGCCCUUCACGCCCAAGGGCGACGGCGACAGCCCCGCCACGGCCACGCAGAAGCUGGGCGUCUCGUUCUCCUUCUCCAAGAAGAAGGCUCCCUCCAAGCUCGAGUCGUCCGCCUCCGUGUUCAGCGAGAGCAACGAGGAGGUGGUGGAGUCCAAAGAGGUGACGCUGAGCUACAAGGGGAAGCUGACCUCCCUGCCGGAAGGCGUGGUGCCCACGCCGAGCGAAGCCGAGGCUGAGGCCAAGGCCAAGGCCGAGGAGGAGGAGGAGAAGGAGAAGGCGGCCGCGGCGGCGGCAGCAGCCGAGGCCGGCCGUCAGCGGCGCCGACCCAAAGAGCCGGAGAUGGCGACGGUGAUGGAGUACUACUACUACACCCCCCCGGCUCACUGCAGGGUGAAGCCCAAGUUCCCCUUCAUGAUAUUCUGCAAGUCGGCCGAGAAGGUGUUGGAUCACGACCUCGACCCGGAGGAAAAGAAAAAGGCCAAGGAGGAGGCCGACAACAAUAAAGCCGCGGCCGGCCAAGCCGGUGACGACCCCGGCCAAGCCGGUGACGACCCCGGCGAGGCGGAAGAGAAACAGCGGGGGCCCGGCGACGCGCCGCAGGCUUCGGAAUCGCCGGCGGAAGCUAAAGAUGCCAGCCGGCCUCCGUUGGAGCGGCCUGAUGAAGACGCCGCAAGCACGGACGCCGCCGCCACCGCUGAGGAUGACGUCAAGACUGAGACGGACGUCAAGGAUGAAGCGCACUGCUCCUCUUCCACCGCCGCCGCUGCCACCACCUCCGCUGCUGCCGAAUCACCGGAGGCAGAUGCCGUGAAAGUGGAGAAGCCGCGCAAGGCGGCGGAGCCUUUUUUUUCAGUGCUGAGCCGAGAUGAAACGACCACCCUCCAGUGGCCUUCGGAGCUACUCCUGCACACGCUGACGGAGCCUUCCGUCUCGUACAGCUGUAACCCUUUAUAUUUCGAGUUUAAGCCGCGGCUCAGGCAGCUUAAGGGAAAAGUCGGUCCUGCGGUUCCCUCUGAAGGUUGCGAGCAGCCCGGCGAGCAGCCCAACCCGACGAAGGCGGAGACUCGCCGCGAAUGCAAAUCUGCAGAGGGGACGGCGGCGUCGGAGGGCGCCGCUGACGAGGCGGCCCGAGGAAGCGGCUCCACCGCGACGGCCCUCCCCUCGCUGGACACGGCCGGGGAGCCCUCGGCGGCCAAAGGCAGCACCGCCGCCCCGGAGGUCCGGGGCCUCGCACCACCCGCGGCGUCCAAAGCGGCCAAAAAACACAAGAAGCACAAGAAGUCUGGCAAACAUUCGAAACGCAAAUCCAGCAAGCAGAAGGGGGGGAGCAAACCUGGCAAACCCGGCCCGUCGGAUAAAGGGCAGCAGGGCGCGGGGACGGCGGGGACGUCGGGGACGGCACCCGAGCCGCAACAGCGAUCGCUGAAAAGCAAACACAAGAGGAAGAAAACGACAGAAGAUAAGCCCGAGAAAGCGGCGGCGAAAGAAGAAAGUGCCAGAGCAGACAGCGGUGCGCAGGCGGAUGAAAAGGAGGCGACACAAAAGAGGCACAAACAUAAAGAAGCGGGACAAGCCCAAACGAAUGCUGACGAGAAAGGUAAGAAGGCAGAUCCCACGCCCCAGUGCUCAAGUGCCAAAACCCCGACCAAGGAAAAGAGCGGCGACAGCCUCGAAGCGAAAGCGCCCGACGGGCCUGGCGCGAAGAAGUCGUCGCGCUCCAAGCCUAAGAAGAAAUCGCGGCACGGCAGCAAAGCGCCCGAGAGCGACGCCAGGGAGGGGCGCACCGAGAAGAGGUCGCCGUCGUCCCGCCGCAGCGCCCCGCGUGACGGAGACUCGGACAGCGAGCACUCGCGCGGCGGCCAGAGGUCGGCCUCCAGACGGCGCCGCUCGAGCCACGGCUCGGACUCGUCGAGCAGCCGCGGCCGCAGCUACGACGGCAAGCGGUCGUCGGAGCGCGAGGGCUCGCGCCACCGGCGCCGCCGCCGCCGCCACUCCUCCAAGCGCAGCUACGAUGCGCACGAUGACUACAGUGGCUCCCAGCGCAGGGCAAAGCGGCGCAGGUAUUCGUCUUCGUCCGACGCGAGUUACCGCGGGAGAAGCCGCAGCAGGUCCGGGAGGAGCUACAGCCGGAGACGAAGCGGCAGCCGCGACCGCCGCCGGCGCAGCCGCGACAGCAGCAGCCGGAGCCGCAGCCGCAGCCGCAGCCACAGUCGCAGCCGGCGCAGCAGCGCCAGGCGCUCGCGCUCGGGAGAGGGCGGCGGGCGCGGGCGACGCGGGGGGGGCAAGUGCCGGGACCGCUCGUUCGAGCGCGGCGCGAGGCGGAGGGGCGGCGACGACGACAGCAGCUCCGCGUCCCGCGAGCGGUCCUUCCGGAGCCGCUCCGGCAGCUCCCGCGCGGCGACGGCGGCGGCGGCCUCGGCCAACCGCCCGGGCGCCUCACGACGGGAGUGCAACCGGCGCAACGACGACAAGAAGCCCGAGCCGCCGCAGGCCCCUCCGCCGCAGCGCUCCACGCAGGCCCAGAAGGAGAGCGUGGACACGGCGGAGCAACGUCGCGAGACCACGCAGGAAGAGCGCAACCUGGCGACGGCCAAGCGGCUGCUGGAGCGCAUUCGCUCCAAGAGGCAGGAGCUGAACUCCCUGGAUGGCGAGGGGGCCUUUGCCACCGCCACCAAGGUCGGGAUCAGGCUCAAGGACCCUCCGCAGGGUUUCUUUGGGCCCAAGCUUCCUCCCACCAUGGGGAACGUCGCCGUGCUGCCCAUGAUCGGAAAACUGCCCAUUUGCAAGCGACCGUGCUUCAAGAAGGACGGCGACAUGGACAUCUGCACGAUAUUUUCCGAUCCUGAGAAACCCACGUUGGAAUCUUUCCUUCCUUUCUCUCUAAGCGCACUCGAGGUCGAAGCACAACCGCUGUUCUCAGACGUGUCGCCCACGGUGACCGAAUUGACGCCAGGUAACGACACUUGUGCAGCGUCGAAGCAAGAGGAGCCUCCGAACGAUAACGCCACGGUGCAAGACACCUGCACCAACAUGGAUCUGGAACCCGUGGAACCGACUUCCCUCGCCGACAGUCAACCCCCACCGCAACUGCAUCUCCAGCUUCCACCUCAGCCCCAGGUGUCGCCACGGCCCCUACCGCAGCCUCAGCACCAGCCUCAGCACCAGCCCCAACCGCCCCAACAGCACCAACACGAGCCCCAGCCACAGCCCUAUUCCCAGUACCACCCCUGGCCACAGUCGAGCCCCAUCAUAUUUGAGGAACCCAAGAGCCCGACGGAGUCCCUGGCCUCGUCGGAGUCGUGCGAGAGCGAGCGCUCCCACGACCGCCGCCGGGCCAUUUCGCCGCCGCUCUCGGCCCAGCCCAUCUCCUUCGCGCCGGAGGAGAUGGAGAAGUACUGGCAGCUGCAGCAGCAGGCCCAGCAGCACAUUCAGCAACAGCUGAUGGCCAGCAAGGCCAAGAGCAUGCCGCCCGUGCCCGUCAUGUCGCCGCAGGUGCCGUCGCCCACGCCCAUCAUCCAGCACGUGGCGGUGCAGCCCCAGCAGCAGCAGCAGCACCCGGCCGUGUCCAUCUCGUCGGUGCACCACACCCUCCUGCAGCACCACGCGGCGGCCGUGGCGGCCGGCCUGCACCCGCUCGCCGCGCACCACGCGCACCACGCCCACCACGCCCACCACGCCCACCACCACCACCCGGGCCAGAUGCAGAUGACGCAGGUGCACGCGCUGCCGCAGCACCACCUGGCGCACAUCUCCCUGUCGCCGUUCCCCGCCCACCACACCUUCCAGACGGGCACGGGCGGCCUGGUGCACGUGAUCCCCGCGUCGGCGCUGCACCCGACACUGGCGCUGCACCCCAUGAGCAUGCACCACCACCACGCCACGGCGUUCGUGCCGGCCAUGCUGGCGCCCCACCACCACGCCUUCCAGCUGCACCCGCUCAUCCACCCGGCCGCGUUUGCAGCGCAAGACGUCCACCACCACCAUCAGCCGCCCUCGUCCUGAGGACGACGGCCGGCGCCGGCCGCAAAGCAAGCCGGCGCGCGUAAUGCCGCGACGUUGGCGCGGCUGGCGAACUUUGAGAGCGCGCGGGCGAAGAUGGCAAUGCGUGAGAGGCAGGCAUCCCGCGGGCCCGACCGCGACGGACACGUGGGCUCUGUGCGUGCGUCCCGUUCGCAUCGGCGCGAUGGUCUCCGUGGCGCGCGUGACGUUACGCGCCGUAGUCGCUACCCCGCCCCCCCUGCCCUUGUCCCCUUCUCCUUAAGUUAUGCUCUUGCCCCCCUUGAUUUCUGUUGUGCCGUUUUCCGUAGCCCGGUAGAAAAGUUAAUGAACACAGAGUUAAAAAAAAAACAAUGUAAAUGUCGAAGGUGAGUUUGAGAAUCGAGGAAUGGUGUGGGGCUGCCCGGCACCGUGCCUAUUGGCGAGACGAGGGUGGGGGGGGGGACGAUGCUUGUCUCCGUCUCCGCGAAUGCUCCGUAACCUGUUCCCCGCCUCGUGUUCGUUCCUCACGUCAUCGCGUCCCACGUUUCGUUCGUUUGAUGAUGGUGCGUUCCCUCCCGUGUGUUGACCGCCACGAGGAUUGGCCGUCAACGUCCCACCACUCACACCCCCCUCGCCGUCUUUGUCAAUGAACAGCUUCAUCGUUGUUUUUAACUCAUCGUUACUGUGAAGUGUAGGACGGUUGUGUUGGUUACUUUUUUGUUUGUUGUCGUAUUACGUCGGCGCCUGUGUGUGUGUGUGUGGCGCGUGGCCGUGGCUUUUAAACACCCGAGAGGAGGAACCCGUCGCGUCAUCCCGGCAAUAAUUUUGUAAUUCGCCCAUCUCAUCGUGCUGCGUUAUAUAUUAUCAGUGAAACGAUGUAUCAUUGUACGGUAAUACAGUAUGCAAACAAUGGAGCUGCUGCUGGCUUUUUGUAUAAUGUAGAAACUGCACAGUUGUAAAGUCUUUAAAACGUGUGUGAUGUUGGUGAUGCGUACUGUCCAUUUUUUCUAUAAUAGCCGACUUAUGCCCUGCCGUGUCAAACACUCGUUUAUCGUGACGGGCGGGGGGGACUUAAGUAUAAAUAUUAUUUUAAAGGUUUGUAAAAUUAUUGUAACUACUGUAAACCGCGGGGAGGUACAGGAGCCUUCGAGACAAAUGACCCUUCUAUUCGGCCGUUCCGCUUUGGAGCCUCAAAUGGAUCCCAUCUUACAAACCGCAAUCUCGUUCGCAUUUACGAGAGGGGGGGCCCCCGCGGCUAAGGGAGCCGCCGCGUGUUUUGAUGCCACUGAGCCCGACUCGCACUGCAGAUGUUUAGAAAGUUUGCGUGCAAGACCAUGAUGGUUAUGAAAAAAAAAUAGAUUUUGUUUCAACCGGCGAUCUUUAUUGUGCGGGGCGACACCCACGUUUCACGAUCCUGCCGAGCCGCUACGACGAACCCGUAACGCACAAAUCCAAUCCGAUGUUGACUUGCGGGCAGCGAUAGGCACUGCUUUGCUCUUUAUGUUCUGAAGAAGAAACAAAAAGCAAAGUUUGGAGAUCCCUCGGCUUGAAAUGUUUUCUUUCGACACUGGGCAACAACUGGGACUGCUUUGAACCCCGCUCCCUACACAAUUGGAUAACGCUAAAAGGAAGUCCAGCCUGUUGGCACCGUAAUGCAAUUUCGCUCUGCCCUGCAAUCACAGUCAAUCGCGUGGCCACUUACAGCUGACAGUAGCUAACCCUAUUGCUCUAAAAGGGUUGUCUCGUACGGUUAAUGUAGUAAUGCCGGGGGUCACGAGGUGUUGCUAAGCGCGCACGUCUCGGCGCUCACCGGUGCAAUAAUAGCGCAGUGUGGCAGCGUUGGCAAAUGACUCACGAAAAUCAAGUGGAAGGAGGAGCAGCGCAAGUAACUCGAUGAAUGGGGGCUACGUGUGGAAACUCGGCGUUAUGGGUGUUCGUCCGAAGGCUUUUGUAUCUCCCGGCAGCCUGAAAAAUGUCAUGGAAUACCUGCCAUGGAAUUAUCAUUCUGAGUUCUGUGUUCAUUGUAAAGAAAAUGGUUUUUCUUUUGUUAAUAAAAAACAAAUGCUUUAACAAACGCAUGUGCGGCUAUAUAAGGUGUUGAGUGGAUGUGUGGGGGACCCUAAUGGAGCCUUGACAAAUACCGGAUUUCCUUUUAUAUUUUCUAAUCGGUGCCGUUUAUUCAAAUGAGAGGGGUAUUUUGCGUGCAGAAAACUGCUCGGACCCAUAAACAUUGUGUUGGUCUCCUUCCAAGGCACUCAUCCGCCCCGCGAACAGACUAAACACGUGUGUGUGCGUCGAUUAUACGUCAGGGACACACACACCCAUAUGUUGAACACAGACAUUGGGACGCAUGCUAUCCAAUCACAGCUACAAUCAGGACGCCACUGUAAAAUCGGCACAAAUCACAUGGUGGCGCAUGACGCCAGCAGUGGACCGUUAAUUAUAAAAAAAAAUUCCCGUUUUCAACAAUUUGAACUCAUUGUUGUGAACAACAUUUGUUAGUUUAGGCCAAGUUUCGUUCCGUCAAUCUUCACGGCACGCCGGUAAAUGUCCCUGGGGUACGGCGAAUCGGGGCGACUGCCCCGGGCCCCACGCUUCGGGGGUGCGGGUUGCCCCGGGCCCCGCACCCCGCUCUGGACGGCCCCUGGGCGCAGCUCCAGAACCAGUUGGGCGAUGGCCGGAACAAAACUCCGUGCUCAUUGUGCAGUCGAGAGGCUUCGCAUUUGGAAAGUGCAUCAGCUGUUCUGAAGCUAGGUGGUGUAUUCCUGCAA